GAGCAGCCGGCGCCGGUCGGAGCGGUCGGUCCCGCCCGGGGUGCGUGCGGGCCGGCAGUCUCGGCGCUCAGCACAGCCGGCACCGCGGCCAUGGGCGGCUCGGUCUCCAGCCAGCUGGACGAGGGCAAGUGCGCCUACAUCCGAGGGAAAACUGAGGCUGUUAUCAAAAACUUCAGUCCCUACUACAGUCGCCAGUAUUCUGUGGCUUUCUGCAAUCAUGUACGCAGUGAAGUGGAACAGCAAAGGGAUUUAACAUCACAGCUUUUGAAGACCAAGCCACCAUUGGAGCCUGGAACUGUUUUGUUUGAAGCAGAGCUAUCACAGUUUGCUGAAGACAUAAAGAAAUGGAAGGACAGAUACAUUGUGGUUAAAAAUGAUUUUGCUGUAGAGAGCUACGAGAACAGAGAGGCCUAUCAGAGAGGAGCUGCUCCUAAAAGUCGAAUUCUUCCAGCUGGUGGCAAAGUAUUAACCUCAGAAGAUGAAUAUAAUGUGAUAUCUGACAGGCAUUUCCCAGACCCUGUUGCCUCCAGCGAGAAGGAGAAUGCUCAGCCCUUUGUGGUCCUGCCAAAGGAGUUCCCUGUGUACCUGUGGCAGCCGUUUCUCAGGCACGGCUACUUCUGCUUCCACGAGGCUGCUGACCAGAAGAAGUUCAGCGCCGUCCUGAGUGACUGCAUCAGACAUCUAAAUCAUGAUUACAUGAAGCAGACGACAUUUGAAGCCCAAGCCUUUUUAGAAGCUGUGCAAUUCUUCCGGCAGGAGAAGGGUCACUAUGGCUCAUGGGAAAUGAUCACCGGAGAUGAAAUUCAGGUCCUGAGUAACCUGGUGUUGGAGGAGCUCCUGCCAACCCUUCAGACGGACCUGCUGCCAAAAAUGAAGGGGAAGAAGAGUGACAGAAAGAGGGCCUGGCUCAGCCUCCUGGAGGAGGCCUACAACCUGGUUCAGCAUCAAGUUUCAGAAGGAUUAAGUGCCUUGAAGGAGGAAUGCAGAACUCUGACAAAGGGCCUGGAAGGAACCAUCCGCUCAGACAUGGAUCAGAUUGUGAACUCCAAGAACUUUUUAACUGGGAAGAUCAAAGCAAUGGUGGCCCAGCCGGCGGAGAAAAGCUGUAUGGAGAGUGUGCAGCCAUUCCUGGCGUCCAUUCUGGAGGAGCUCAUGGGACCGGUGAGCUCAGGAUUCAGCGAAGUACGCUUACUCUUCGAAAAAGAAGUGGAUGAACUCAGCCAGAACUUUCAGACCACCAAAGACAGUGUCCGGCUAAAGGAGCAUCUAGACCUGCUUAUGAAUCUUCCACUGGAUUCUGUCAAGAUGGAACCUUGUUAUGUUAAAGUCAACCUGCUUCAAGAGCGCCUGCAGGAUCUUAAGAGCCGCUUCAGAUUCCCCCACGUUGAUCUGGUGAUCCAGAGGACUCAGAACUACAUGCAAGAGCUAAUGGAGAAUGCGGUAUUCACUUUUGAGCAGUUGCUUUCCCCACAUCUCCAAGGAGAAGCCUCCAAAAUUGCAGUUGCCAUUGAGAAAGUUAAGCUCCGAGUCCUAAAGCAAUAUGAUUACGACAGCAGCACCAUCCGGAAGAAGAUAUUUCAAGAGGCACUAGUUCAAAUCACGCUUCCCACCGUGCAGAAGGCCCUGGCAUCCACGUGCAAACCAGAGCUCCAGAAAUAUGAGCAGUUUAUCUUCGCCGAUCAUACCAAUAUGAUCCAGGUUGAAAAUGUCUAUGAGGAGAUUUUACAUCAGAUCCUCCUUGAUGAAACUCUGAAAGUGAUAAAGGAAGCUGCUAUCCUGAAGAAACACAACUUAUUUGAAGACAACAUGGCCUUGCCCAGUGAGAGUGUGUCCAGCUUAACAGAUCUGAAAACCCCCACAGGGUCAAACCAGGCCAGCCCCGCCAGGAGAGCCUCUGCCAUUUUGCCAGGAGUUCCAGAUGGUGAGACCCCUAGUAACGAAGUAUUCCAGGAGUCAGAGGAGAAGCAGCCUGGGGUCCCGAGCUCACCGGCCGAAGGAGAAAGCCUUCCUCUCCCUGGGCCCAGCCGUCCCCCAGGUGGGGAUGGACAGAUGACUACUUCAAGUACAGAUGAUCCUGUUGUGAAUCCUGUGGCUGCAGAAGACACAGCAGGACCCCUGGGCACACACUCACCAGAACUGGAACUUGGAGGAACCCCCGAGGAUGCAGAAGCCUCCCAUGAGAAGCCAGACUCCAUCUCUGCCUCGGGUUCCUUGAAGGAGCUCAGGAAGCUGUUGACAGUGACGGUUGAAGUACCGGUGGAGUCUGCCCUGCCGACCGAAAAAGAUACUGGUGAGAAGACCCUUGUUCCCCAAGAACAUGAAAAACAGGAAGAGACCCAGAUCGACACUGAUGUCAGUCAGGCAGCUGCCCCCCAUCUGGACAACCGUGAGAAAAGUGACGUCAGCGAGACGGAGGCCCCUCCUGCCCCUGUGGGGGCUGAGGCCCCUGGGGUGGGCUUGGGGGGCUUUCCAGAGGCGAGCAGCCCUGCCUCUCAGCCAGCCUCUGGAGGGCCCACCGAGGUCACCAACCUCCCAGGCCCCACAGAGGAGCCCGCAGAGGCCCGGGAGCCCGCAGGGAGGGAGCACCCAGGGAGGGAGUACCCAGGGAGGGAGCACCCAGGGAGGGAACCCGCAGACAGGGAGCCUGCACCGGAUGCCCACGCAGGGGGAGAGGCCAUGUGCGCCAGGCAGGGGGAGGCCGUGCCACAGGAAGAUUGCUCUUCCAGUUCUGAUGCUGUCUGCCCCAGUGAGAGCCAGGCUUCUGAGGAACAAGACAUGAUGGCAGGGCAAGGCAGCACUACUCAGGCUGUGGCCAGUGUGGAUUCAGGGCAGACUAAGGCUACCCAUGUUCACGAGUGUCAGUGGGUGGUUGAAAAUGCUCCAAGCACCGACGUCCUGGUUUCACAUAAAGAUGAUGUGGAGGAGAGAGAAGGUUGUCAAGAGAGUUCCCCAGAGCAGCCCUCAGAGGAGUGAAAGGGGCAAGUUGGCAAAAGUUGCCUUGCACAAAGUCAGUCAAAAGGUUAUAGUUAUAGGUACACUUAGGGGUUGAACGUGAGUUGUUACCAAAAAUAAAUAAAUAAUAAGAAUAUCCUUAAUUUGAAUAACAACCCCAGAGGAAAUGCACACAGGGCAAGAGCACUGAAGCAAACCUUUGUGGAACUGGACGGUUCUACCGUGAAUUACUGCUUUAGCAUUAACAGAAACUAUAAGGCAGUGGUGUGUUUGGGUGAAAGGUAGCUGAGGGUGUCCGAGGGAGGGAGUGGUAUUGCAGUGAAGUCGGAGAACACAGUAGGAGCACAGUUUUCAAUAUGCUCUGCACAUUUCACUGGUGCGAUCUUCUUACGAACUUUCAGGCUUUUAAAUUUUUUGUAAGAAUGCAGAUGUAUACUGUAACUCCAGCUCCACAAUCUACUAUACCAACUUCUCUGUCUCGUAAGGACUCAGCAUUUGUCCACAGUCAGGCUGCAGGAAAGGGUAGGUCAUAAACACCAAUCACCCCACUGUGUGCAGCCCCACAGAGCUGAUCAUGCCUGAUAGAUCUCAGGAGCAGCUGAGCAGAAAUGGAGAGGGGGAAGGUUGUGGUUUGUGGGACUGUCUGGGCCUGUGACUAAUUUUGCUAUCAAUUUCUUGUUAAUUAGUCUUAUUGAUUUUUAUUAGUUAAUCACCAUUUAAGGAAAUUCAGGUAAGACAGGAAAAUUUCAUUGGCAUGUAUAAGCCAGAAAUAUUCCAAAUGAGCCUUAGCCUGUGCAAAGAGCUUAGCUAAAUUGCCUAGCUUAAAGUCUACCCUUAAGCAAACAUUAUUUGAACAGCUACUGCAUGCCAUGAAUUCUGUUGGGCAUAGUAAUAAAAAGAAGAGAUAAGGCACUUUGUCUAGUAUAAAUUAGAAGGUCCAAGGGAAUUUAAUUUAGAAGAAAAAAAUGUAGAUUUUCAAACAUGACAGCUUUCUCUUUUUCCGUUCAAAGAGUCCUGGUUCAUUCCCAGAAGCGUACAAAAUGAAUAAAUAAAUAAAUGAAUAAAGACAAAAGACAAAAGCCAUUGAAUCUACCCUCAAGUUCCAAAGAUGUUACCAAAAGUGAAAAUAAUUUGAUUGAUCAUUCAGCAUGUUAACUUAGUCCCUCUUCUGUACCAAGCACUGGGGAUACCCCAGUGAAAAAGACUGAUCCUUCCUCCUGGAACUUACACUUUAAUAGACAUAGACAUAAAUAUGUCUUCUAAAUGGAUUGUGACCUAAAACUGUUAAUAUUAAAGAUGGAAUGUACUUACUUGCAAAAGAUAAAAAAGAUUUGUUCUAUUGCCCUUCAGAAAUAUAUCAGAUUAUUUUAUAGACGCUUCAGUCCCAGGUACUUACUACAUUUUGAAAUUUCUUCCCAUAAGUUUUAAUAUUAGAUGCCAGCAUUUGCCCUGAGAGCUUGUUUUGCUCAUUACUGCCAAGUAAGUAUAUAUCAGCUCUUUAGAGAAUUUGUCCCACAGUUCAACCAUUUAACCAGGAAUUAAAAUAUCACCCCCCCCAUGAGGAAUUUCUUGGAUUUCUAGAUCAUAAAGAACUAAUAAUCAUCAGUUUCAGUAUACGCUCACAUUGAAUUGUUUCAACUAUUCUUGGAGUGUUUAGAUCCUCGUGUUUGUCAGGGAUCCCAUCAUAGACAGAGGAGGUAGAGGCGUCUUCUCCCUCAGUCCCUGUGUUACCCGAUGCUCACUCAUAUCCUGGCAUUUAGGAUAUUAUGUUUGUGAAAUUAUGUUUGCUUCCUUUCUCUCCCAGGGGCUCCUCUGGACAGAAACUAGGGUUUAGUCAUCAUACGUGCUUCCUGCUAGAAGCCCACAGCCUUGAAUAAUGGCUUCCUGCCUCCUCAAGCUGUUUUAAUAUCCCCAGUGUCUAGCACAGGAACUGGCCUGUGUCGGGCUGCUCCGGAAAUGGUGGGGUCUGAACACCCAGCCCACUGCUGUGCUGGGGCUAUCUGAGGCUUGCUGUCAGGCAGGGAGAUGUUUUUAAUUGGGCUUUCUGCCCUUGUUGAGUCUUCCCCUAAAUAAAGUCCGAAGUCCAAGGGGCAAAUGGCCAGAUGGCCAGAUGCACUGCCCAGUGAGGCACGGAGCCAAAGGAGCACAGCCCCAUAAAGACCGCCCUUCUCUCUGGGAGAACAGUGGCUAACCUGGAGUCCCUGCCCAGGCUGACCCAUGCCGGAGCUUCCCAGCUUCCUCCCUUCGCUCACCUCAGGGUUUCUUGCACCCCAUGGAAAGCUAAGAUUUUCCUAACCCUAAAAGAAUAUGCAUUUCACUGCUUUGGAUUGAUGAAUAUCAGUGCCCUUCUUUUAUCUAUCCUGGAGGCCAGAGGGGCCUGGGCACUAAGUGGCAAGAUGUACUUGAGGACACAAAGAAUUUUUCUGUACAUAUUUUACAAAAGACAAGAUCCCUUGAAUAAACAGGACGAUUGUUCCAUUUGAACAUGGGACGGGAAACUAAAAUGCAUUUAAAAUAUUUGGUAUUCAUUUUAACAGGUUGAAUGGAAUGACUUCAUAUGGCCAUGAGUUUGUCUUGCUUUUCAUGUGGACUUGUACGUGGUUUCUAGAUUGGAGCAAGGUUAUUGUGCUCUAAAUGAGCAACUUGAAGAGCCUCCUCACGCUGCUCUGGGCAUCUCCACUCUGGGCAAAGCCAUUAGAAAUCCAUAAAACCUCAAGACAUGGCUUUUGGCAAAAAAACUCCAUGACUUUAAACUAGUCAUGUUACUAUUGACCCUGCCCAAAGAAAGAAUAUUUAUCUUGAAAAAAAUUUUUUUCUUCUCAUUUUUUUCCUUUGUAGGUUGGAGCAAAGACAGUAGUGCCUUGCAUUAUGCAGGGUAAAAUCUUUUUUUUUUUUUUUUUUUUUUUUAAGUAUUUUGGAGACUACAAGGAUAAUAUUUGAACUUGUCCAAAAGUUUUAUAAAGAGGCUGAGUGUGAAGAACUGUAGAUCUUUAGGUCUGACAUACAUUUUAUUAUAAAGAUUCUCAGGUUUGGUUUUCUAAUUCUCCAAAUCAGAGCCAGUGAUUUCAAAGGGUUUCAUGAUUCUCUCAGACAAAAGUGAUUUUAAUUCAUUAUAAAAAGUGAUAAGCGAUCUGUGCUGUGUAGCAGUUUUAAUAUGGGGAAGGGAAGGACAUCACUGACUUAAACAAUAAUACAGUUUUAUUAGGUGCUUUCUUACUUCACCGUAAAUAUUUGCCUUCUUUCUUUACCCUAAACAGAGGGGUUUGGGGAUUUACCUUCUGAAGUCUGCAGCUUGAAGAAGUGUACACUGUGGGUUGAUUUUUCUGGUCACUAUAUAAAGCAAAUAAACUUAAGACACUUUGUAACCAUGUAUUUACUCUGCCAAGUGCCUAUAUUCCAAUAAAAUGUUCAUCCUUGAA